CCCCAACUCCAUCUGCAGGCUCGAAUGAUGUUGUUUUUUUUUUCUACACAGAGGAACUGAACAAUAACAUUAGAAUGAUUUUUCAAACGCUGUUUGAGUGUAUGGACUUCACCGGCUGGCUGUUGUUGAUCUUUGCAGUGUUACUGUUAACUGAUGUGGUAAAAAACUGGACUCCAAGCAAAUUUCCACCUGGACCCUUGGCUUUACCUUUUGUUGGAAAUGUCUUCACUGGGAUUGACUUCAAAACCAUUAACAAGCUUGCUGUGGAGUAUGGUCCAGUGUUCAGCCUGAGAAGAGGCAGUGAGAGGAUCGUGCUUGUGUCAGGAACCAAGAUGGUGAAAGAAGCCCUUGUUAACCAGCUGAACAGCUUUGUUGAUCGACCCAUAAUACCACUUCUCCACGUUGUCUUUAAAGGCCUUGGCAUCGCCCUUAGCAGUGGCUACUUGUGGAAGAAACAGAGGAAGUUUGCUAACACUUAUCUGCGUUACUUCGGGGAGGACAGAAGUCAUUGGAAAAAUACAUUGAAGUGGAAAGCAUGUUCUUUGUGA